AUGGUACCGUGGGGAUCCAAACAAGUUCCUGUGAAAGGCAUGGAUGACAAGCGCCAAAUAACUUUACUGCUGGUUUUUUCAAAGUCUGGAUCUGUUCCCCCUCCUCAGGUCAUUUAUGCCGGUUUGACUGAUCAGUGUCACCCGAAGUACACGUUCCCGGAGGGAUGGGAUAUAUUUCAUUCUCCAUCUCACUGGUCUACGGAAGAAACCAUGUUAAGAUAUGUUGAGAAUGUAAUUGUUCCUUACAUCGAUCAUGUUCGGGAGGAAGAUGACUUACCAUUACGUCAACGUGCUCUGUGUAUAUUUGACGUAUACAAGGCGCAUAGGGGUCAAAGCCUGUUAGACCUUUUAGACAGGAAUGGAAUCAAAGCUGUGUUUGUACCUGGUGCUUGUACGGAUCGCGUCCAGCCAUUGGAUCCCAUUCCUAACAAUUUAUUUAAGUCUUAUCUUAAGACAGAGUUUCUAUCAUUUUACGGUGAUGAAAUUCAAAAACAGUUAGCUGCUGGGACGGAUUUGUCAGAUAUAAAAAUUGACCUGCGGACUUCUGUUGUGAAACCAUUGCAUGCACAAUG